GGCCAAGAUGGAGGCGGCUGCGGGUCCCCGAGCUGGGCGCCCGCCUGUCGGAAGGGCUGGGCCGUCCCCGGCGGGGCCGCCGCGUCCCAGCCCCUGGGCCUCUGCCCUCGUUGGCUCCGAGGCGGACGACCCGUCCCCGUGGCGGGAGGGAAUGCAGGUGCCGGCCGGGCUGGGCCCGGUCGGGCCGGGCGAGUUGCGACCAAGGAGCCACCUGGGCGGCAGGACUCGGCUUUUGUUCGCCGUCUACACCUAUGUCCCGGGCGCACGUCACGGGCUGUGCGGGUCCCGAGGUUCCACGUAGGAGGCGAGCGGGGAGGCCGCCCUGGCGGCCGUCGGUGGGACUGCAGCCGACGAUGUUGGGGAGUAAAUGGAUGGAUAAAGUGGACCCGGAUUUCAGGAUUGCCUACUCGUAAAUAGACGGGUGUCGUUAACACUUUAAAGUUCAACACGAUGGUGAACAGCAUUAACUUUUUUUUUUAACAUCUUUAUUGUAGUAUAAUGCUUAACACUGGUGUGUUGGUUUCUGCUGUAUAACAAAGUGAAUCAGCUAUAUGCAUACAUUUAUGCCCAUAACCCCUCCCUCUUGCGUCUCCCUCCCACCCUCCUUAUCCCACCCCUCUAGGUGGUCGCAAAGCACCGAGCUGAUCUCCCUGUGCUAUGCAGCAGCUUCCCACCACAAUGUUCCAUCGCAGCACUCUUUACAGUUGCCAGGACAUAGAAGCAACCUAAGUGUCCAUCGACAGAUGAAUGGUUAAAGAAGAUGUGGCACAUAUAUGCAAUGGACUAUUACUCAGCCAUAAAAAGAAACGAAAUUGAGCUAUUUGUAGCGAGGUGGAUGGACCUAGAGCCUGUCAUACAGAGUGAAAAUGUUUUCAAAUAUUUAUAUCACCGAUAAAAAAUAUAUCUUAUUAGAAGUGAAGAAGAGAUCCAGUAAAAAACUGGUGAUAUCUAGAAGAAUAAAAUCAUCAUUGAGGACUUCCCUAGUAGCGCAGUGGUUAAGAAUCCGCCUGCCAAUGCAGGCGACACAGGUUCGAGCCCUGGUCCGGGAAGAUCCCACAUGCUGCAGAGCAACUAAGCCCGUGCGCCACAACUACUGAGCCUGUGCCCUAGAGCCCGUGAGCCACAACUACUAAGCCGGCGUGCCACAACUAUUGAGCCUGCUCUCUAGAGCCCAUGAGCCACAACUACUGAACCCACGUGCCACAACUACUGAAGCCUACAUGCCUAGAGCCCAUGCUCUGCAACAAGAGAAGCCACCGCAAUGAGAAGCCCCUGCACCACAACUACAGAAAGCCCGCAAGCAGCAAUGAAGACCCAAGGCAGCCAAAAAUAAAAAUAAAUGAAGAAAAAAAACCUGUUUAAAAAAAAUCGUCAUUGAGAAUAGAAUCGUCAUCUCUGUUUUGUUGUUGUCAGAUUAGUAAAAAGAUUUUAAGAUGAGAUGCAUACGGUGGAGACUAAUAUGUAGCUACAGAAGACUUGCGCUUUGGCUUCCCUCUACCCCUAAAACAGAAAUCAUGUCCAAGGAUCUAUCCAUGGAAAAGUGGGACCCAGAAUGCCUGCAUACUCAUGACAGUUAACCGAGCUGCCCUGGAGUCGCCCAGCUGCCCAGGUAUCUAUCUAACUAUCUAUCUAUCUAUCUUUCUAUCGUCGCCCACUGCCCAGGUGUAUAUACAGGAUCACUCAGCUGCCCAGGUAUCUAUCUAACUAUCUAUGUAUCUGUCUAUCUAUCGUCGCCCAGCUGCCCAGGUGUCCCGGAAAAAGACCUGGGCCAGCGGGACCUGACGGGCGUGGCGCAGGUCUUUGGGUGGCCAGUGGGGCAGGGCUCCCAGUCCCACCCUAGGACACACGGGCCCCCGCCUGCAAGGCGCAGCCCCCGCCGCAGGCCCCGCCGGACGUCCCCCCGCCGGCUGAGGAGGGGGCCGAGGGGCAGCCAGCAGACGCGAUGUGGGAAGCGCGAGGCAGGCUGCGCAGCCCGAGGGCAGAGCGGCGGCCGCCGUGCAGGUCAUUGCCCAUCCAGUCCUGCCCCCGGAGCUGCGGCCCCCGGGCCUGCUGCGCUGGGAGCGCCGUCAGGACGGUCUUCUGGGUCCGCCUUCCCGCAGGAGGGUAGAGAGUAGAAGGCCUUUCCGCGGCUCCAGGAUCCGUCCAGGCGGUCCGGGGGUUGGCCGUCCUCUGGAGCCGGGGCGGAGGUGUGGGCAGAGUUCUGCUGUUCAGCCCAGGGACGUAACGAAGCGCUAGAAACUUCGUCUCAUACCGAAAGACUUCGUUCAGGAUCAGCCUGCAGGCCCGAGUGAUACGUCUCGCUGCCCCUUUUCACAGGGAUCACCGGGAGGAAUGAUCCUCCUCCUGGGUGUCUCGCAGGCCUCCCACGCCACCCAUGGUGGACCACAGGACCCUUUGUCCCGUGCUGACACCUGUCCCUUCUUCCCUGCUUGGUGGCCACGGUGGAUCCCCUCUGCCCAGGAUGCUGUGAGUUUAAUGCUGGCCGGGGAAGCAGAGGACGUGAGGGAAAGAAGCAGGCUCCUGGGGUCAGCUUUCUUGUUCUGCAUCGUCCUGGUCUUAGUGGCCUGAACAGCACCACAUCUGUGAGAGCUCGAGGCACCUACAGAGCCGCGGGCCCCAUCCCCUGGCCACUGGGUCGUGCGCUGCGUGGUCCUUGGCGCCAUCUUCCCUGUGGCCAAGCAUCUUCUCUGACCACAACAACAUGAAGCUGGAAGUCAACCACAGAAAAAGAAAUGGGGAAAAAAUCAUUACAUGGAGACUAAACAACAUGCGACUAAAAAAACCCAGUGGAUCAACGAGGAAAUCAAAAAGAGAAUUAAAAAAUACCUUAACCGGCACGACGCCGAGGCGGUCGGCAGGGGGCGCGGGAGAGCGCACUGCAGGAAGGAAAGAACUCGCACCGGCUGGAUGUUUGACCUCCAGGCCCCGCGCUGUACGCGAGGCCGCCUGCAGCCCGGGGCAUAUGCGUUCAGUGCUAUAAAUUUCACUCUAAGUACUACGUUCACUGUAUCCCACAAAUUUUGGACCAGGAAUCGCCUUCAGGCCAGUCUGGUGGACGUUUGUCUGAAGCUGAGGAGGACCGCGCCGCCACUGUUCUUUGGCAUAGAUAAAUGUUCAGCGGGAGGAUUAGACUUGACUGAACAGACUCCUGUUUUAUUAGGGAGUAAAGCCAUGGCAACUAGUUUCAUGGACAUGGCAUUUGGUGACCCAGCUAGUCCUUUAGUUAAUAGAUCUAGAAACUCGUCAGCAGAGGAUGAUGAUGAUGAUGUUGUAUUUAUUGAAUCUAUACAACCUCCUUCAAGUUCUGCUCCAAUAAUAGCUGAUCAAAGAAAUUUUAUAUUUGCUGCAUCAAGAAAUGAAAAGCUACAAGGAAAUUAUUCCAUAAUUCUUCCUUCCUCAAGAGGUUUGGCUUCUCAGAAGGGAAGUAUAAGUGAGACAAUUGUCAUUGAUGAUGAAGAGGACAUGGAAACAAAUGGAAAGGAAAAGACAAUUUCUUCUAGUUUUAUUGAAUGGGCACUUCCUGGAAGUAAAAACAGAACCAAAGAUUUGGAUUUCUCCACUUCCAGUCUUUCAAGAAGUAAGACCAAGACUGCAGUAGGACCUUUUAAUCCUGGUAGAAUGAAUGUGGCAGGAGACGUUUUUCAGAACGGAGGAUUUAUAGCUCAUCACAAUCCUGAUUCUUGGAUCUCCCAGUCAGCAUCCUUUCCCCGUAAUCAGAAACAGCCAGGGGUGGAUUCUUUAUCACCAGUGGACUCACUUCCUAAACAGAUCUUCCAGCCUUCUGUCCAACAGCAACCCACUAAACCAGCUAAAAUCACUUGUGCAAACUGCAAAAAGCCUUUACAGAAGGGACAGACAGCUUAUCAGCGAAAAGGAUCAGCUCACCUCUUCUGUUCUACCACCUGCCUCUCUUCCUUCUCUCAUAAGCGUACUCCAAAGAAGCGCAAGGUGACAUGUAAAAAAGGUGCACCUGCAAAACAGGCUACUCUUGUUCCUCAAGGGGAGUCAAGUGAAUCCUUCCAAAAAUUUUGUGGUACGUCUUUGUCUCCCUAUGAAGAUAACCAGAAUCUUCGAAAAAGAGUUCUGAAUAAAUCAAGAUGUACAAUCUGCAGUAAACUAACAGAGAUUCGGCAUGAAGUCAGCGUUAACAAUGUAACACAUAAGCUGUGCAGUAACCAGUGCUUUAACAAGUACAGGUUGGCCAAUGGUCUAGUGAUGAAUUGCUGUGAGCAGUGUGGGGAGUACCUGCCCAGCAAAGGUGCUGGAAACAAUCUCCUAGUCAUUGAAGGUCAGCAGAUGAGAUUUUGCUGCCAGAGUUGUGUUAACGAAUAUAAACAGAUGAUGGAAACAAACUCAAAAAAAGUGCUAGCAUCAGAAAACAGAAAAAGGAAUGCUGUUAGAGAAGAAAAUGAAAGAGAAUUGUAUGGGUCAUUGAAUAUACUUUUGGAAAAAAUAGAAAGAAUACCAGUGAAAAAGGAAAAGACUUCAGAACUACAAGUUUCAGCAGAAUGUAGCCAAGAUACACCAUUGGUCCAACAGGAUGUGAAUUUACCUCCUUCUGUGUCAACCAUAGCUGAUAAAUUUCAAGAGCAACUGGAAGAGAAACAAGCAGAAGACUCCAUUAUACCAGCUGUGCUUUCUGCAGAUCCGGGUACAUGGCCCCGAAUUUUGAGUAUUAAAGAAAGGGACACUCUAGUUGAAAAUGAUCCACCUCAAGUGAGAAAUUUUAACUUUCCAAAGGACAGUACAGGGAGGAAGUUUUCAGAAACUUACUAUACAAGAAUUCUUCCAAAUGGUGAAAAAACCACUAGAUCCUGGUUACUUUAUUCGACCUCAAAAGAUUCUGUGUUUUGUCUAUAUUGCAAACUCUUUGGGGAAGGAAAAAAUCAACUAAAGAAUGAGAAUGGGUGCAAAGAUUGGCAGCAUUUAUCACAUAUUCUUAGCAAACAUGAGGAGAGUGAAAUGCACAUCAACAAUAGUGUUAAAUAUUCAAAAUUAAAAUCUGAUUUGAAAAAAAGUAAAACUGUGGAACACAGAUUACAGGAGAACAUGGGAAAGGAGGGCGUGAAGCUGUUGUACACCUUAGACCUGAUCUGACAUGAUGAGGUCGCACACUUACUCAGGCCUGUACCCUGACAGUUGGUGCCUCUGUGCUGAGGCUCCCAGACGGAGUGAUUCAUCAGCUCAUUAGCAAUAAGUAUCAUAGCAAGUAACUAGUGAAGAUGGUUUCUGCUCCAGAUUCUAAAGCUAAUUGGAUUUGUAGUGAUUAAUGCCGAUUUCAGUGAAGGCAAUUGUUGAUCUUUUCAGUUUUUCAAUUCACACCUUUUAAAACGGGCACUUCAGGGCUUCCCUGGUGGCGCAGUGGUUGAGAGUCCGCCUGCCGAUGCAGGGGACCAGGGUUCGUGCCCCGGUCCGGGAAGAUCCCACAUGCCGCGGAGCGGCUGGGCCCGUGAGCCAUGGCCGCUGAGCCUGCGCGUUGGAGCCUGUGCUCCGCAGCGGGAGAGGCCACAACAGUGAGAGGCCCGCGGACCGCAAAAAAAAAAAUAAAGAAAUAAAUAAUAAACUGGGCACUUCAGGGCUGACAUUUGACUGGUGUGGCUAAUACUCUGAAAGAGGGAGGGAGGGAAAGACUUGAAUUUAUCAGUACCAGUGGAACAAGGUGCUUAGGUGGACAAGCGUUGUUGUUCAGAGAGAGACGGGAUCUGAGACUGCCGCUUUCUGCCUUUAAACCAAAUACUUACGGUUCAUUUCAUUUGGGCAAAAUGUUACUUUAUUAUUUGAGCAAAGCAGCAUCAUUUGUCAUGUUAAAUUAAAGUGAUGAAUUUUGUGUUUUAUUGGUUUUGUUUUAACUUAAUUUGUAAAUGUUUUAGCUUUUAUUGUCAUGUAAAAACUAUAAGCACAAAGAGUGUAUACCUAUUUUUAUGUUGGUACAAAUAUAAGAAAUAUUAAAAUAAAAAUAUAGUAAGUUAACCUU